AUGCGUGCCUUCGCCACUCUCGCGUGGGCUGCUCUCGCGUCCGCUCUCACGUGGGUUCCCAACACCGCGAGGCCGGCACUCCACAAGCGGUGGAUCGCGACGCCUGUUGCCGUCGAAAUUGACGACAUGAUGGGCGAGCGUGAGUGCUUCAAGGACGACGAGUGCGAGCUGGAGCGCUGGAUGUUUGGCGGCGACGGCUCUCCGCCGUCGGCUGCUGAGACGGCGCCGCCGACUGAAGAGGAGCAGGCACGGCUGGCAAGGCUCCGGGAGGACGGGCGAACCGCGGUGCGGGCGCGAGAGGAGCGGCGGACGGCGCUGAGGAGGGCCGCGCCGCCGCGGAUGCUGACGGUCAGGACUCCUCUGGAGGCAGGACUCGCACUCACGCAGCCCACACAGGCUGAGGCCGAGGCGAUGGGGGUGCGCGACUGGCCACCGACCAUCAUCACGCAGGGCGGGCGUGGCGCCUUCGACGCCGACGUCGAGGACGGCUCGCUUCGCUACGUCCUGGAAGGCUCGGGCACGGUGCAGCGCGACACCACCGGCGAGCCGCUCGCCGUGUCGCCAAACACGCUCGUCCGGGUGGUGGGCGAGGGUGGCGCCCUGCGCUGGCAGCUCGACGAAGGCGUGGACGAGCUCGUCCUGCUUACGCCCGAAUACAAGGGCCCGCCUCUCCUGCCGGUCGCGGGCGCGUUCCUCGCUGCCUGCGCCGCGCUGAGCCACAGGAUGCGCGCCAGCCGCAGCAUCACCCCAGCUUGCGCCGUGCUCUCCACGGCAGCGGCCUCCGUCCAGCCACUGGCCCUCUCGCCGCUCGCGCCUGCUGCGCCAGCCGCCCGCGCCAUGGCGACUGCGGCGGUGCAGACGGACGCGCAUAAGAAGAAGAGAUCGUCCAAAUCGCGAGCAGCGGCGCCGCUCACGGCCGAAGAGCCCGCCAAACAGCCCGGCGCGCCAUCAUCCACGACCGAGCAGAAGAAGCGAGGCCGGCGCGCCUCAGCCUCGACAGCUGCGGCCGCCUCGCCCAAGCGCAGCAAGGCGACCGACGUGCGGCUUGAGCCGCCCGCGAACUGGCGGGCGACGUGGGAGCUCAUCGUUGAGCUCCGCGCCGACCGCACCGCGGUGGUGGACAGCAUGGGCACGGAGGCCAUCGCGGGCGAGAGCACAAAGGAGGAGCGCGACUUCGACGCCCUCGUCUCACUGAUGCUCUCGUCGCAGACCAAAGACACGGUCAACGCGGCGACGAUGAAGAAGCUGCGCGCUCACGGCCUCUCGCCGCGCCGGCUGCUGGAGACACGCCCGGCGAGGGGCUGGACGACACUUCCACGGCCUGACACGCCCGACGAGAGGCUGGACGAGCUAAUCUACGCGUGCGGCUUCCACAACAACAAGGCGACUACUCCGGCCCUCGAGGCGAGCACGCGACCGGUCAAGUAUCUCAAGGCGACCUCGCGCAUCCUGCUGGAGCAGCACGGCGGCCGCGUGCCCGACACGAUGGAUGGGCUGCUCGCACUGCCAGGCGUGGGGCCGAAGAUGGCGCUCAUCCUGCUGCGGGUCGCAUUUGGCAAGGUCGAGGGCAUCUCUGUCGACACGCACGUCCACCGCAUCUGCAAUCAGCUGGGGUGGGCGGGGCCGGGCGGCACGAAGACGCCCGAGCAGACGCGGCGCGCCAUCGAGGCGUGGAUGCCCGCCGACAUCUGGGCGGAGGUGAACCUCGUCCUCGUGGGUCUGGGGCAGGAGGUGCAGACGGAGAAGUCCAAGCUGCUGCGCAAGUGCCUCGCCUGCUCCGACCCGGCAGCGGCGCUGCGGCUCGCCUCGGUGUGCGGCGUCAAGGUCGAGCCCGAGGCGAAGAAGGCGGGGCUCGUGUUGCCGCCCGGCCUCGCCCUCUGA